CCGCUGUCACUGGCAUUCUCCGUCUUGCAGCCUCUGCCUCUGCCUCUGCCUCUGCCGGCCUUGAGCGACAUGGUCGACAUGGACGAUGCGACGAGGCUCAUCGGAGACCUGCAUCAGAAGCUAGCCGACCUCGACCACAAGGUUGCAGCCUACCGCCAAGACAUGGCCCUCGAGUUCCAUAGAUACUCCCACCAACUGCUCCAAAACAUCCCACAACACACAAAGGCCGAGGUUGAUCGUCAAGUUGCCGCUUCCUUCGACAACUACCCAGCUCUGCGUCCUGCCCUCGGCCAGAGUCUCAAUACUCCCCUGCGAGACAUAGGCCUGCCUGACUCACCGCCGCCACCACAGUCCACCCAAGACACCGAAAACCUCACCGAAGGCCACAGCAACCCCGGCAACCCCCGCGAACCUCCGCCGCCGUCGUCCACGUCCACGUUCACGCCCCCAUCCGUCCUUCCCCAUGCCGGCACUGCUGCCCUAACCUCCCCCGACAGCGUUUAUGACCGGGAAAGGGAUAGGGGUUUCCACGGUCUCUUCACCCCAAGCUAUCUGCCCCUGCUGGACAGCUCACACGAGGCGCCUACACCAGCAUCAAAUCAGUUGCCGAUCCCACCGCCAAUUUCAAACUCUGCUGCUAUUCAAGACGACAUGGGUCGUCGAAAGUCCAGUCAGACUCAUGAGCAGCCUGCGAUCCAGGUGUCGGUUGCUGCGACUCAGACGCCCGAGAGGCCGAACCACGAACGCCGGGCGACUGAUGACACGACGUCUUCUGGAGCUUCGGAGCAGAGCGAGUCCAAGGUGCGCCGCAGCGCCUUGCGAAGAAGUUCGAGUGGAAUCAAGCCACCCGCCAGCCCUAGGCGAGUGCGCUUCGAGUUCGAAGGAGGGGAGGUGCUGCCUACAGCCUCGCCCCAGUCAUCGGAGCCGUCCCUCGUACAGUCGCACACCCUUGCCAACUCGAAAUCACCCCCUCCGUCGGAAGAUGAGUCAAUGAGUGUCGAAUCCUUGCUGGGUCCAGACGAGGACGACAGCGGCCCGCCGCCAAAGAAAGUCUCUUCUUCACAAGCACUUCGCGCCCUUUCUCGCGCUCCUUUGGAUGCUAACACGGUUUGGACUGUUGUAAAUGCCGAAGCCCAGGAUAAGGAAAAUGGAAGUAUGGCAACAUCAGAUUCAGAAACGUCAUUGCAACCGAGCGAUAGUGUUGGAACUCUGCCGAAACCUCAAUCACCACCAAAAACCACUUUAGUGGAGCGCAAACGAGCCCCAGAGCCAUUGCGUCCUGUUUCCCCAGAGAGAGUCAGCCGGAGGGAUGAUGAUGAGGAGGACAGUGAUGGCAGUUCUUCAGAUGACGGCUUCCUCGCCAUGGCAAAGCCGAAAUCCUUUGCCAACAAGAAAGCGAUUCUUUCACCGUUAUCGCGCUCACCAACAAGAACGGCCACCGCGCCUUACAGCCCUACUCGAGACAAGUCCGGGUCGCACAACGAUGACAAGCUGGUGACACAAAGCGAUGAGCCAGAGGACGAGGACGACGAGGACAUGUUCCAUUUCGAAGGGCUUAGUGCGCCACCAAAGCCUCGAGCCCGACCAGCUCCGAUACAGGAGGAGGAGGAAGAAGAAGAGGAAGAGGAGGAAACUGCAUCGAAUGAGCCAGUCACCCAGACCCUAUACUCGACCUCGCCUGCUGUGUUCAUCCCGAAGCCGGUUGAGCCAGCGAUUCCGGCGCAUCUCAUUUCAGGUUCGGUUGGGUCUUUCAGAGGCCGCCCUGUUAUCAUGCCUGUGGUUAAGAACCCCGACGUAUACCAACGGGCAGCCUCGCUCGGCGAUGUCAGCAGCUUUAUUGGAGGACUGGACGGUCGCAGCGGCGUUGACGAUGGGGAUCUCAGCAGCUACCGUGCCAGUGUCGGGCAGGCAUUGUUCUCGGGAACUCCUCGAAGUCUGACGGAACGAAUGAUGAUGGAGGAAGCACAGAGCCAGAGACGGGCGGCAGCGCAGCGACCUCAAUAAGUGCAGCGCGUCACAGCGCUCAACCCCCCUUUCCCCUGUUUAUGUAUAUGUUACGGGUAUGGGCCAAUUGUAGAGUUCCGGAAGUCUGUACAUAGACUAUUCUUCGGCGUUUAGAUGCAUUAUGGCUGGGCAACUAGGAGGGAGUGGCAUGCCGAGGCCUUUGGCAGGACGGUUUUGGAAGGUCUGGGCCGGUGGCACAGGCAUCAUUCGUACAUGGCAUACCCGCAUCAUGGUAAGGUAGUUUAUAAACAACAAAUCCAAUGCCCACGGGCUUUUGAAAGAGACUGGAAAUAUCCGCACUGCUUGGAAUGGUGAAACGUUGAAGUGUGGAUUGCCGUCUCAACCCUCGUUACGGUUAACGGCG